CCCAGGAGGCGCGGCGCGCAUGCGUACGGGCCAUUCGGCACCUGUCGGGGCAAGCGAGCGGAGCUCCGCCGUCCGUCCUGCGCCUUUGGGCCGCCAUGAAGACCCGCUUCAGCACCGUCGACAUCCGGGCCGUCAUAGCCGAGCUGCGGCAGAGCUUGUUGGGAAUGAGGGUAAACAAUGUGUAUGACGUCGAUAACAAGACAUACCUCAUUCGCCUUCAGAAGCCCGACGUCAAGGCGACACUUCUCCUGGAAUCUGGAAUCAGGAUUCACACCACAGAAUUUGAGUGGCCGAAGAACAUGCUGCCCUCGGGCUUUGCAAUGAAGUGUCGCAAACAUUUAAAGACAAGGCGGCUUGUGAGUGUGAAGCAGCUGGGUGUUGACAGAAUAGUAGAUUUCCAGUUUGGGAGCGAUGAAGCCGCCUACCAUCUGAUUAUAGAGCUUUACGACAGGGGCAACAUCGUUCUGACGGACCACCAGUACCUCAUCCUCAAUAUCUUGAGGUUCCGCACAGAUGAAGCGGAUGACGUGAAGUUUGCUGUGCGGGAACACUACCCAGUCGAUGGUGCCAAAGGAGCAGCCCCCUUGCCUGAUCGAGAAAGGCUGACCGAAAUAAUAACCAGCGCACCAAAAGCCGAUCACGUCAGGAGAGUUCUGAACCCACAUCUUCCAUACGGAGCCACCCUUAUUGAACACUGCCUUAUAGAAACUGGAUUCCCAAGUAACGUCAGAGUAGAACAGGUGGACAAACCAGAUACUGAAAGGAUAUUUGCUGCUUUACAGAAAGCCGAAGGCUACAUGGAGAUGAUGGACAGCUUUCAGGGCCAGGGCUAUAUCAUCCAAAAAAGGGAGAAGAAGCCAAGCCUGGAGCCGGACCGACCUGCAGCAGAAAUCUUCACGUACGAGGAGUUUCACCCUUUCCUGUUUUCGCAACACACAAAGUGUCCGUACGUGGAGUUUGAAUCUUUCAACAAGGCAGUGGAUGAAUUUUAUUCCAAGCUCGAGAGCCAGAAGAUCGACUUGAAGGCAUUGCAGCAGGAGAAGCAGGCUCUGAAGAAGCUGGAGAACGUCCGGAAGGACCACGAGCACAGGCUGGAAGCUCUUCAUCAAGCUCAGGAAGUCGAUAAGAUGAAAGGCGAACUGGUGGAGAUGAACCUGGAGGUGGUGGAUCGGGCCAUCCAGGUGGUCCGGAGCGCCUUGGCCAACCAGAUCGACUGGACAGAGAUCGGGGCCAUUGUCAAGGAAGCCCAGGCUCAAGGGGACCCCGUGGCCAGCGCCAUCAAGGAGCUCAAGUUGCAGACCAACCACAUCACGAUGCUCCUGAAGAACCCUUAUGCCUUCUCCGACGAAGACGAGGGAGAGGGGGAGGACGAGGGGGAGGCUGAAGACAAAGCCGAGGAGGAGCUGAAGGGGAGGAAAAAGAAGAAGAAGGCCAAGCCGCUCAAGAAGCUUCAGAGGAACAAGCCGCUGCUGGUGGACGUGGACCUCAGCUUGUCUGCGUAUGCAAAUGCCAAAAGGUAUUAUGAUCACAAGAGGCAUGCAGCUAGAAAAACCCAAAAGACGGUGGAAGCCGCAGAGAAGGCCUUCAAGUCGGCAGAGAAGAAAACCAAGCAGACGCUAAAAGAAGUGCAAACGGUGACGACCAUUCAGAAAGCCAGGAAAGUGUACUGGUUUGAGAAAUUCCUGUGGUUCAUUAGCUCUGAAAAUUACCUCGUCAUAGCUGGGAGGGACCAACAACAAAACGAGAUGAUCGUCAAGAGGUACAUGAAAGCAGGGGAUCUCUACGUCCAUGCGGACAUCCACGGAGCGACCAGCUGCAUCAUUAAGAAUCCAACAGGGGAGCCGGUCCCCCCUCGGACGCUGAUGGAGACCGGCACCAUGGCCCUGUGUUACAGCGCCGCCUGGGACGCCCGGAUCAUCACCAGCGCCUGGUGGGUCUAUCAUCAUCAGGUAUCUAAGACCGCUCCCACGGGGGAAUAUUUGACCACAGGAAGCUUCAUGGUCCGAGGAAAAAAGAAUUUCCUGCCCCCUUCCUAUUUGAUGAUGGGGUUCAGCUUCUUAUUUAAGGUAGACGAAUCCUGUGUUUGGAGACACAAGGGGGAGCGGAAGGUCAAACUUCAAGAGGAGGACAUGGAGACGGUGACCAGCAGCGCCAGCGAGCUGGCGGCAGAAGAGACGGAGCCCUUAGACGCUCCCGAGGGAGAGGAGAGCAGCAGCGAGAACGAGGAGAAGGGAGAACCUCCUGAGAAGCCCAGGGACGAGGAGGAGGAGGAGGAGGAGGAGAAGGAGGCUGGAGAAGAUGCGGAGACGCCAGAGGGCGAAGGGAACGGGCCGGCCGAGCGCCCGGCAGGAUCGUCCGAUGAGCAGGACGCAGAAUCUGAGCCAGAAGAAGAAGCCCAAGAGGCCUCCGGGGAGGUCCGUUUCCCAGACACGACCAUUGACCUCUCCCACCUCCAGCCCCAAAGACCCCUGCGAACAGCGGCUGCCAGAGAGGAGGCGGUGAGCCUGAGUGACAGCAAGUCCCAAGGCCACAAGCAUCUCUCGGCCAAGGAGAAGAGAGAAAUGAAGAAAAGGAAGCAGCAGAGCGAGUGGCCAGAGGCUGAGACGCCAAAGCCGAAGGAAGAGCAGGAGCGGGCUCAACUCCCACCCCCUCCUCCCGGGGCAAACAGGAGCGCGGGCCCCCAGCCGGCCGUCAAGAGAGGGCAAAAGAGCAAGCUGAAAAAAAUCAAGGAGAAGUAUAAGGACCAGGACGAGGAGGAUCGUGAACUCAUCAUGAAGCUGCUGGGAGUAAGGGAGAGUUUCAUGUGCAAAGCCUUUCUUUCUUUCUUUCUUUCUUUCUUUCUUUCUGUCCGGAUGGAGGAACUGACCCCCGAGCUGCAGGGCGUCGUUUUGGAAGAGGUCCCCGACGAGAAGGAGGAUCAGGACCAAGACCAGCACAUGAGUGAGGAAGGGGAGAUGCUCUUUGAUUCUCUGACAGGGCAGCCCCACCCCGAAGACCUCCUCCUCUUCGCCGUUCCCAUCUGCGCUCCGUACACCACCAUGACCAACUACAAAUACAAAGUCAAGCUCACGCCCGGCACCCAGAGGAAGGGAAAAGGUAAUUUGCACGAUCCUCGUCAGUCUUGUGUCCUGUUAGCCGCUGGCGAUUUCAAAAACUUGGUCCUCUUUCCCUCCUUUCAGGAUACAGAUCUGUCCAGAAACAUUCCAGGGAAGGUGAAGGUAUCGGCCCCUAAUCUCCUGAAUGUGAAAAAGAAGUGACACCCCCGCGGCUGCUAGCAUCGCCCCCUGCACUUUUGAACUGUAUCACCGGAGCCCCUUCCAGUUUUGUUAAUAAAGUGCUGUUGUAGCUGUCUGGAUAGCACUCUGGUGAUUUCGUUGCACAUGCCAUGACAAUAAAGUGUUAUUCUGUUCUA